AUGUGGACGCUUAAAUUGCUGCUUUUGUACAGUAAUACACUCGAGAAUUUCAAACUGACAGAAGCGAGAAAUGUAUUGGGAAAAAUUGAGAAGGGGCCAAGAGUCAGAAAGAUUAGAGAAGUUCUGGAUGAGUCGACGACAAUUUUAAACUUCUGGAGUUCUUCUACUCCGGGUCAUCCUCGCAAACCUUUUUACCGACAAGUUCGGCCCAGUUGUGGCGGGUGUUGGUACACCAAUGAUCGAACAAUCGAAAAAAGCGCGACAGCGAUUCUAUUCGAUAACACUCGUUUCAGCGUUGGAAAUCGUCACAACGACUUGCCUGAUUUCAAAGAUCGCAAUACUGACUCGCAAUAUUGGGUCAUUUGGCCACGGGAAGCUGCUUCGAAAGGAAUUACCAAAGGAACAAACUAUCAAGGCACUGGACAUCAAUUACAGUUGAUUUACGGGCUAGUCCUCUACGUUGGUAAGACACAGAAUCUUGGAUGCAAGAAAAAAGAACAGAUAAAAACCCUCAAAGGACUUUCUCUUGAUGGAUAUGGCGAGUGCUUCAACAAUACUCUUGUCGGAUCGCCAUGGACGCAUGGAAACGAUAUCGGACCUAUUGCCAAAUAUAAAUUCUACCUGGCCUUUGAAAACUCUGUGCACUGUAAUGAUUACAUAUCCGAGAAGUUCUGGAGAAACUCGCUGGCAAACGGAGCCGUUCCGAUCGUUUUCGGCCCUCAUCGAGAUGAUGUGGCAAAAAUUGCACCUCCAAAAUCAUAUAUUCAUACGGAGGACUUUGAUUCUCCCGCGCAUUUGGUUGAUUAUUUGGACUAUCUCGAUGGAAAUGACACGGCUUACAUGGAGUACCAUCAGUGGCGCGCUGAUGUCAGUCCGGCCAAGCUGCAGGAGAAGCACUCAGUCGAUCACUUGGGUAACUACGACCAAAUGAUGUGCAACCUCUGCAAGAAUAUCAACGACAGAAAGCACAGCGGUUUCCCCAAGCAGAAAAUCGCUUCUGUCGCUCACUGGUGGUGGAUGGAUGUGCAUGACGAAAAGUGCACAGCUGAUUUUGAGAUUCCCGCCUGGCUGCGAGCACUAGACGAUCCCAAUCACAAAACUGUACGAAGACAUCUUCUGCUAUUUGCAGAGAACUUCGGAGUUAGGGGCUCCUCUUUGACUCAGCAGUCGCACGCAGAGAAGUGCACUACCAGUCUUGAGAUGCCUCCACAGCAAGGAGCUGAACCUGCUAGCGUCCCCGAGAAGGUCUCGGUGGACAUUCCUGACAUUGAAUCUGUCCUCGCUCUCAAUCCGAAGAGCUACUCUGGGGCCAAGUCGAUCCCCACUCACAAGGGUCAGAAAGCCAAAGCCCACUGGAAACGAAACAUUAAAAAGUCACAAGGGUGCUCCCAAAAUGAUGGCUGCGGUUCAAAGGGCAAACUUUACAAGAACUUCGGUGAUAUUAAGCACACUACUCUUUCGGAGAGAGCUGCUCUCAGAGAAGCCGGUCGCUGUCUCAAAUGUGCAGAUGCCCCGUGCCAGAAAUCUUGUCCUACUUCGCUCGAUAUCAAAUCAUUCAUUUCCGCUAUCGCUAACAAAAACUAUUAUGGCGCGGCACAGAUCAUUUUGUCUGACAAUCCCAUCGGUUUGACUUGUGGUAUGGUCUGCCCAACAUCUGAUCUUUGCAUGGGCGGUUGCAAUUUGUACGCGGCAGAAGAGGGGCCAAUCAACAUCUCUGGUCUCCAGCAAUACGCCUGUGAAGUUUUCAAAGCAAUGAAAAUCCCGGCUUCGCGUGACCCCGCUCUGCCCGCACCCGAAGACAUGCCAGCUGCUUUCAACCAAAAGAUCGCUCUUGUUGGCUGUGGACCCGCAUCAAUUUCUUGCGCUACUUUCCUCGCUCGAAUGGGCUACAGCAACAUUACAAUCUACGAGCGAGACGAAAACCCAGGUGGACUCUCUGCAUCCGAAAUUCCUCAGUACCGACUCCCUUAUGAUGUUAUCGAUUGGGAAACAAACCUGGUAAAAGAUCUUGGCGUUAAGGUCGAAUACGGCCGUGAACUUGGAAGAAAUCUCUCUGUGCAACAGCUGCGUGACGAAGGAAACGCCGCUAUCUUCCUCGGUAUCGGACUUCCAAAUCCAAAAACUUCGCCCAUCUUCAAAGGCCUCGAUGCUAGCUCUGGCUUCUACACGUCUAAAGAGUUCUUGCCAAAGGUAGCUCAAGCUUCCAAAGCUGGAAUGUGCUCCUGCAAAUCUCAAUUACCUGAGCUUCAUGGAAACGUUGUCGUUCUCGGCGCUGGUGAUACCGCGUUUGAUUGUGCGACAAGCGCGAUCCGUUGUGGUGCCCGACGAGUCUUUGUUGCCUUCCGAAAAGGUGUUCAGAAUAUCCGAGCUGUGCCAGAAGAAGCCGAUCUCGCUAAGGACGAGCGAUGUGAAUUCAUGCCUUUCCUAAAUCCCGAAAAGGUCUACACUGGAGAAGAUGGCAAAAUCAACGCGAUCGAGUUCCAUCGAACAGAACAAGACGAUGACGGAAACUGGAUUGUCGACUCAGACCAAGUCAUUAAAGUCAAAGCUAACUUCGUCAUUUCUGCGUUCGGUUCCGGCCUUACCAGCGAAGCCAUCAAGGACGCAAUGGGUGUCGAGCUCAAUAAGUGGGGAACUCCAGUUAUCGAUCCCGAUACUGGCUGCACAAAAUCCGAGGAUGUAUUUGUCGGUGGUGAUCUUACCGGCAUUUCUGGAAUGUCUGUUGAAGCUGCUAACGAUGGUAAAACUGCUUCCUGGUCGAUGCACAGAUUCCUUCAAAAGAAAGGUAAUUGCGAAGACCCUGGAACCACAGCCAUUCUUCCUAUGUUCCACACUCCAAUUGACGAUGUUGAUAUUUCUGUGGAAAUUUGCGGUGUAAAAUUUCCAAAUCCUUUUGGCUUGGCUUCCGCUCCACCGACAACGAAUUCUGCUAUGAUCCGACGAUCAUUCGAAGCUGGAUGGGGAUUCACCGUUACAAAGACUUUCGGUUGCGAUCACGAUUUGGUCACGAACGUCGCUCCUCGUAUCACAAGAGGCUCUUUUAUCAACAUUGAGUUGAUUUCCGAGAAGUCUGCUGAAUACUGGUACAGAUCUAUUCGAGAGCUGAAAGAUGACUUCCCAGAAAAGGUUGUUAUUGCUUCGAUUAUGGCUUCUUACAACAAAGAGGACUGGCAAGAGCUUGCGAUUGGAUCUUGCAAGGCUGGUGCUGAUAUGCUCGAGUUGAACUUGUCUUGUCCUCACGGAAUGGGCGAGCGUGGCAUGGGUCUUGCUUGCGGUCAGAAUACCGAUAUGGUCUACAAUAUUUCCAAAUGGGUGAAGGAAGUCACGACUGUUCCCUUCUUCCCAAAGAUGACACCUAACAUCACUGAUAUUACUGCUAUCGCUCAGGCAGCUAAGGACGGUGGAGCCGAUGGCGUCACUGCGACCAACACUGUUUCUGGAUUGAUGCAGAUCAAGGGAGAUGGUACUCCUUGGCCAGGUGUCGGAUCCGAAAAGAAAACAACUUACGGUGGUGUUGCAGGUAAUGCCAUUCGGCCGAUUGCUAUGAAAGCUGUUUCCGCUAUCGCACGGGCAAUCCCUGGAUUCCCUAUUUUGGCGACUGGCGGUAUCGAUUCUGCUGAUGUUUCCAUGCAGUAUUUCAACGCUGGUGCAAGUGCGAUGCAAGUCUGCUCCGCUGUCCAAAACCAGGACUACACUGUCGUCCAAGAUUACAUUAGCGGACUCAAAACUCUUCUCUAUCUCAAAGGAAAAUCUUCUAUUGGCGAACUCGUUGACUGGGACGGUCAAUCUCCGCCGACUCCAAAACAUCAACUCGGCAAAGAGGUUAUCUCUUGCGCGGAGCUUGGAAAGGAUAUUCCCAACUUCGGAGCAUACAAAAAGGAAAAAGACGCUGCCAUGGCCGCCAAAAUGGUUGAGCGAGAUCUCCUUGCUGACUCUCUCAAGCCCAACAAUACAACUACUGUUGUCCCAACAAAGAACAUUCCCACUGUCUCUGAUGUCAUUGGCCGUUCUUUACCGAAUAUUGGAAAGUACAACGAUCUGGACAACAAACAGCACGUUGUUGCUCUGGUCGAUCCAGAUAUGUGCAUCAACUGCGGAAAAUGCUACAUGACGUGCAAUGACUCUGGCUAUCAGGCUAUUUCAUUCGACCCUGAGACUCAUCUUCCAGUUGUCAAUCACGACACUUGUACUGGGUGCACACUCUGCUUCUCGGUCUGCCCGAUCAUCGACUGUAUCUCGAUGGUACCACGAAAGGACCAGUACGUACCCAAGCGUGGCAUUCCUCCUAAAAGCUUGAAAAAGCGUAUUUACUAA